AUGCCUCUCUUCAGACGGAACAAGAAGCAUAACGACGAAGGCGGGGAUGCAGCGCCAAAGAAGGAGAAGGGCAGCUGGAGGCGGCCUGCGAAUACGGCCUUCAAGCAGCAGCGGCUGAAAGCGUGGCAGCCCAUCUUGACACCAAAGACGGUUCUACCAACACUCUUCAUCAUCGGCAUCGUAUUCGCACCGAUCGGGGGUCUGCUUGUAUGGGGAAGCGGUCUGGUCAGCGAGAUGACAUUCGACUACACACAAUGCGAGAAGCAGACUCCGUCAUCCUCGCUCUCGCAGCUGAACUUUGUGAAUCUGCCAAAGUACAGCUACAGGUUACGUUCGUCAGAGUCGAAGGCCCCGGUCACACCACCGCAAUUCGCAUUUCUCGACCAGUCGAAUAACACAUCCAUCGAUGUGUCGGCGCAACGGCAGUGCAUCAUCCAGUUCGACGUCCCCAUCAACCUGGAGCCUACCGUGCUCUUGUACUACAAGCUCACGAACUUCUACCAGAACCACCGACGUUAUGUGAACAGCUUGGACCAGAAGCAGCUAAAGGGCUCAUAUGUUGCCCCUCACAGCCUGAAUAGUGGAGAAUGUAGCCCACUGGCUACUGUAAGCGGGGGCAAGAUCAUCUACCCAUGCGGUCUGAUUGCCAACUCCCUGUUCAACGAUAGCUACUCUGGUUUGACUUCGACUACAGACUCGUCCUCGACAUACAACUUCUCAUCGACGGGCAUUGCUUGGCCAGGAGAAGAAAAUAAGUAUGCCGCCAGUCCCGGCUAUCCCAUUUCCACUCUCGUGCCGCCUCCGAACUGGUCCGCCCGCUUUCCCUCUGGAUACUCGAACUCGACUCCCCCACCGAACCUCAAGACUGACCAGCGCUUUCAAAACUGGAUGCGCACUGCGGGCCUCCCGACGUUCACGAAGCUGUUCGGGCGUAACGACAACACUACACUGCAGAAGGGGCGGUAUCAAAUCACCGUCAACCUGAACUAUCCCGUUCUGCCGUACUCGGGCACGAAGUCCAUCGUGAUCUCGACCGUGUCUUGGAUUGGCGGGAAGAAUCCCUUCCUUGGGUGGGCGUACGUCGCUUCGGCUGCGUUACUGAUCUUCCUUGCGGUCCUGGGCACUAUUCGACACAUGGUCAAGCCAAGAAAAUUGGGCGACAUGUCGCUGCUGUCGUGGAACCGCUCAUGA